CACUGAUAGGCGGCACUGAUAGAUGGCACUGAUAGGUGAUACUGAAAGGCAGCUCAGAUGGGCACUGAUAUGUGGCAUUGAUGUGCACUGGUAGGCACUGAUAUGUGGCAUUGAUGUGGCACUGAUGGGCACUGGCAGGUGGCAUUGAUAAGCACUAACAGGUGGCUUUGAUGGACACUGACAGGUGGCAUUGCUGGGGCUACACUGAUCAUCAGGACACACUGAUCAUCAGUGCCCUGAUGAUCACUGUCAGCGUGACAGCUCGUGAGGAGAGAAAUGCCGAUAACUGGCAUUUCCCUAUUUUACAUGUGAUCAGCUGUGAUUGGACACACAUGAUCACA